UUCACAUAAGGUUCGAGAUAGCAUCGCUGCUGGUGUCAAAAUAGAAGAGCUUUCAAGAAACGAGCUUUUGGCGGGACAUUUCAGGUGCCUCUAUUUAGUCGGCCGUGCGCACUCCCUGGCAUUUGUGUACUGCUGCAUAGCACUUGUAAAUAAUGGCACCAGCUAGCGUCAUAACGGUGCCAAGAGGUGUGACAAGCAGUGCUAAAUUGCACAACCUGCCCAUUAAACUCGCGGGCAACCAGCCGGUUGAUGCCCUGGAGGGGCAUUUUGAGCCCAAGCAGCGCGAAGAUGGAUCAGCUUGCAUGGAGGCUUUCUUAAGAGGGCGUGUGCUGCGAGGUUCCGACGUUGAGCUGCCGGCCGGCUACCGCGGGCUGCUGCUGCGCCCCGCGCCGGGCGCUCAGGACAGUUCCGACGCGUGCGAGCGCAGCUGGGUCGCCGCCGCCACCUUCGAUCGCUUCACCGCCUGGAACCACGACACCGCGCCCUCGGCCUCCGACCCCGUGCGUCGCGCGCUGGAGUGGUGUGCGCUGGCGAAGCAGGUUCACGCGGCGGUGACGCCGGAUGAGGUGGAGGAGGAGCUCAAACGCAUGGCGGAGGCGGAGGCGGAGGCUGCUGCCACCACGUCGUGAAUGACUAUGGCAGGCGGGCACAUCUACGUACACGAAGAUCUUGUGACAGCAGCGGCGCCUGCUACAGCCGGGACAGCUGGAACAACAAUCAGCGUGAUCGGAGCGUCGGGUGUAGCGCUGUGGCAGGGGUGUUGAAGUGCACGGAAGCCACUGCCGGCCGGAUGUAGGAAGGCAGGUGGACGGGAUGCAGCGCCGACGGCAGUCUUGAGCACGUGUGUGUACAACAUUGGCUGGUAUCAAGGGGUUACAGGUUUCUCAAUGAAUAAGUUUGCUCUGGUGCAACGGGACAUGUCGUGGUCUGUAUACCUUGCUGUACACGCCUAGGCAAAGCGUGAAUCACCUCAGAGCAGGGGAGCGCCUCCGGCCUCCCUGUCUGCCCCGCCUACGAGCGUUUCGCGCAUGCGGGCACAUGAGGCAAUUCAUCCUCACUUUCGGGCUCGCAGUGGAAAACAACAUUAGGUUUGCGCCCAGCUUGUCGAGCACUGGCUUUUACUGGCGGCUUGGAGAGUGGGAGACGCCGGCCGCGACGAGGGGGCGCUCUUGAGUCGGCCGGGGCGUUGAGAGGGGUGUUGCGCGAACUGUCCCACCGCGGUAGUCCCCAGACGUAGCCCGAGGUUGGAUUGGCAUUCAUUUUGCGUGUGCUUAUGAUGCGAUAGAAUCCGGCAGCCGGUUUGGGCGCAUUUCUCGGCACCCGGGCUACUCAAUCGCAAUUCCCGUGUGCGCUUUUCACGAGACUGCGCCCUUUAAUGCCGAUUUAU